AAAGACAAAGCAAACUGCUGCUGAACCCCUGAAAUGCCGAAAACCCUCGGCUCCUCCUCGUCUCUCUCAGUCUCUCCUCUCCCGUCUGCUUCACGCUCGGAAGCACCGAAAAUGGAGGAAGAAUCGGACUCGAAGCAAGAAGCCCUGCUUCUCAAAGGGCUCGCGGAGACCAGAUUCAAGUCCUCGAACCUCAAAUCCGCCCUCAAGUGCGCCAGGCGAGCCCACCGUCUCUGCCCUUCCCUCGACGGCCUCGCCGGGAUGAUCACUUCCCUCAGCAUCCUCGACUCCGCCGCCAAAUCACCCCCCGAGUACUACAAGAUCCUCCAGGUAGAGCCUUUUUCCCACAUCAACGUUAUCAAGAAGCAGUACAAGAAGCUAGCUCUCGCGCUCCACCCCGAUAAAAAUGCCGGCUUGGGCUCCGACGACGCGUUUAAGGUCGUGGGUGAGGCGUUUCAGUUCUUGUCCGAUAGGGUCAAGAGGAAAGAGUAUGAUGUUGGGUUGAGGGUUAGGAUGCAGGAGGAGGCCGUGGAGGGCCUGAAUGCGGCGGAGACGUUCUGGACCGCGUGUUCGCGGUGUCGGCUGUUGCAUCAGUUCGAGAGGAAGUACUUGGGGCAUAGCUUAGUCUGUCCUAGCUGUAGGAAGAGUUUUAAGGCCAUGGAGGUCGAGGGCGAAGAGGAAGAUGGUGAGGGGUCUGAGGGUGGAGUUGGGUGUGAGGGAUUGAAGCGAAAAGCGGGCAGUGUGGAUGUAGGUGUUAAGAGGAAGGUGAGUAGUGAGGACAGGACGAGGGAUGUCGAGUUGAAGGAGAAAGUGGGUGGCCGUGGUGAAAUUGAGGCUUCGAAUGGUGAUCACGGUGGCGGAAGCGGCGAGAAUGGUGCAGGGAGAAUCGGUGUCUAUGUAGGUGUUAAGAGGAAGGUGAGUCGCGAUGGCAGGACGAGGGAUGUCAAGUCGAAGGAGAAAGUGGGCAGUGGUGGUGAAAUUGAGGGUUCAAGUGGAGAUCGUGGUGGCGGAAGUGGCGGGUGGGGUGCAGGGAGAAUCGGUGUCUAUGUAGGUGCUAAGAGGAAGGUGAGUAGUGAUGGCAGGACGAGGGAUGUCAAGUUGAAGGAGAAAGUCGGCGGUGGUGGUGAAAUUGAGGGUUCGAAUGGCGAUUGCGGUGGCAGAGGUGGCGAGUGGGGUGGAGGGAGAUUGAGGAGGAGAGAAUCAAGGGAAAGAACAGGUGCGAUUACAACUGUGGCAAAACAGCCGGAGAAGAAGGGGAGGAAAGCUGAGGAGGAAACGAUGACAUUGGCAGAAAUGAAGUUGAAAGUGAAUAAAAAGAUCAACAAGGAGAAAAUGAAGUUGAAAGAGAAGGAGAAAGAGAAAGAGAAGGAUGAUGGAGGAAAGAAGGCAGAGGAUGAUGGUGAGGGUAGAAGACAGGUUUCAAAGAAGGAUGGAGCUUUUGAAGUUGCAUCAACCCAGGAAAUUUCAAAGAGAAGUGGAGCUUUGGCGAUUGAGAUAAGAUAUUCAAGGAGAAGUAGGACUUCGGGUAUUAGGAGGCAAAGUAAUUCAGAAAGAAGAGAUGGUUUGGAAUUUGAGAUGCAAAUAACUGUUCCGAAAAAGAGACCAAACUUGGAGCUUGAGAAAUCAAGGGGUUCAACGAGUAAGGAUUUGGCGGCUAUGGCGGUCGUGGAUUCAGACUUCUAUGAUUUUGAUAAGGACAGAGUAGAAAGGAGCUUUAAGAAAGGGCAAGUGUGGGCUGUCUACGAUGACAUUGACGGACAGCCUAGACAUUAUGGUCUGGUGAACGAAGUUAUAUGCAUUAAUCCGUUUAAGGUCAGACUUUGUUGGUUAGAUGUACAGUAUAGCAUAGUCCAAGAUCUAGUUGGACAGGAGAAAGUGGGUUUUCAUCUAUCCUGUGGGAGGUUUAAGGUUGCUGAGGAAACGAUUGUGAAGUCUGUGAAUAUAUUCUCGCAUGUGGUUGAUUGUGAAAGGGCUGCCAGGGAAAUCUACAGGAUUUACCCGAAGAAGGGUUCAGUGUGGGCAGUCUUCAAGGAAGGGGUUUUGGAUGCCGAAAGGAGAAAUCUUUCAGACCGGGAUACGUGCUGCUAUGAUAUUGUCAUCUGUUUAACCACCUAUAGCGAAGUGCACGGUUUGAGCAUGGCAUACCUUGAGAAGGUGGAUUGUUUUAAGACCGUAUUCCAGAGACGAGAGAUUGGACUGCAUGCUAUCAGGUGGCUUGAAAAGGACGGGGUCAAUCUGUUUUCACAUCAGAUUCCUGCCCGAAGGCUUUCUGGGAGUGAUGUGCCAGAUUGUUUGAAAGAGUGCUGGGAGCUCGACCCCGCUUCACUUCCUUCACAUUUGCUGACCACGCAGUCAGAGAAGCUGCAAAUGAUGCCAUGUACUUCUUGAUAUCUAGCUUUACUUUCACUGAUGUGGAUUUUUUUCGAUGUACAUUGUGACGACAUGUUGUUCUAAGGAACAUUGUCCGCCCUUGCUUGUGAUGCAGAGUAAAGUUUUAAAAAAAGAAGAAAAUCUGUAGAUUAUUCAGAGAUUGUUUAUACUGUUUACAUGAACGUGCAUUCUAAUU